GAGCAUUGCGGUGAAGCGUAACUCGCAGCGCAGGAGGCCCCUUUCAAAGCUCGCCACUCGGCGCACAGCGAUGGCGUUCAAGACUUUACGUCGGGCCCUGAGCCAGCUGUUGCUGCUGACGAUCGGGACGUGCUUGGGCCUCUGGAUGUGUCUCAAGAUCGGCGUUCAGCUGCUAUUUAAAGGGAAGUCCGUACUGACGCCCAAACAACGUCCCGAAGAGCCGGCCUGUCUACGCGAUCCGGCUUUGGGAUCCCACGAAUUCGUCACGUUGGAGGAUGUGACGUUGCACUAUGUGUCAGCUGGCAGCCAUGACAGCCCGCUGAUGGUAUUCCUGCACGGUUUCCCAGACACCUGGUACACCUGGGAGAAGCAGAUACGACACUUCCAGAAGGACCACUGGGUGGUCGCUGUGGACAUGCGAGGCUGUGGCCUGUCCAGCAGACCCCAGCAAGUGGACGACUACCUCAUGUCACGCAUGGUGGACGAUGUCCAGAAACUCAUUUUGUCAUUGGGCCGGAGCAAGGCAAUUCUUGUGGGCCACGACCUGGGUGGCAUGGUGGCCUGGGUGCUGGCCACUAAGCACGAGGACAUGGUCGACCGCUUGGUGGUCAUCAACGGCCCUCACCCACUGGCCUUCCGCUACCAGCUGGAGAACAGUUUCGCACAGAUGCUCAAGUCGUGGUACAUGGUGACCUUCCAGAGCCCCAAACUUCCCGAAGCGGUGCUCAAGGCAAACGACUUUGAGCUCUUUGACAAAGCUCUUGGGCCGUCACAGGCAGAUGUCAAGGAAGUUGUGAAGCAUUCCCUCUCACAACCAGGGGCCCUGACGGCGGCAAUAAACCACUAUCGUGCUCUGUGGCGGAAAGAUGAGCGCCUCCGCGAUCUGCGCUUCCGCUACCUCAACACACCCACGCUCAUCGUGUGGGGCCAGCGGGACCGCUAUCUAACGCUUAAGCUUGCCCAACUCAGCAUCCUGCAGGCUUUUGGGCGCGUCGAGUACCUGGCCGAUGCGGGACAUUGGGUGCACAGGGAGCGAGCCGAACGGGUCAACGACCUCAUCCGGCAGUUCUUCAAGAACACCGAUGCCCUUUGCUAGAACCUGAAUGCUCACAGACUUUUUCUGUGUGAAUGUGUAGUAGAAGAAGGUGGAGCGGUGCUUUUUCUAGUGAAACGACGGGACUUUCAGAACAUCCUUCUCACUGGCCAUGACUGACUGAACAGAUGCGAUUCCUCUGGAAGCACUUUUGUGUAUGUCAGUGUGGAAGUGUAGAUGUGCAGCCGCAACUCAGCGAUGGACUCUCUAUCAUUUGAAACGGUGUCUUUGAUCAAAAGUGUGAUUUGUGGACAGUUUGGACCAUAUAUGUGUGUUUGAUCCGAUGGGUUGCAGACAAACUUUGCUGGUGCGGACUCUGAGAUGUGUAAAGGCUUUUGAUGGUUUCGCUUGCUUUUGAGCAGCUGUAACUAGUCUCGCUGCAGAUUUCUUCUUAAGCUUCAUGGGUAUUGCCGCCAUGUUUCUGUGGUGUGCAUGGGAGAAUGUAAACUAGUGCAGCUAUUUUUGGCUGCCUUCCAUCAAUUCAAAGGUUAAUCUUGGAAGAAUCAUGAAUGUUGCUCCAUGCACAAAGUAUUCGGUGAUAAUUUAUCACUCUAGGGACAUAGGUAAUUCCUUCCACCCUAUCUAAUUGUAUAGAAUUGUUGCGUAUAUUUAUGUUUCUUUUUUUCUUUUUUUUUUUUUUCAAAAUGCACCAGUUCAUCUGUUGUGAAUGGAAAGACACACUAGCACCUGUGGUGCUUGACAAUUUCUAAUCUUAUUUUGGGGUCUUUGUGCCAUUAUGUGACCAAAUAUGUAGAGUGAUAGGCUUGUGUGGGUAACAAUUGAUGUCACUAAUACUGACUUUUCUUUUAUCUCCUUGCUAAUGCAUGUAGUAAGGACUGAUGUACUAGGUAAAUAAUACUAGUGCUAAUGAUUUAUUUUUAAUGAUACUAUAUUGUGGUACAUAUUCAAGAAAGGGUGGGCAUUGGUGCAUAUAGAUGUGAAUAAGAACAAUGUGCAACUAUCGCAACUUUUGAUUGAGGCAGUUCUGCCUUGUUUUUUUUAUUUGACUCUGACAGGGCAUUUUUUUAAGGACU